UCUGAAAGGGAGCGACACACUGCCACUCACGCUGCUGCUGCUCGCCGCUCCCAUACACAGGCGGCGGAGGGUAGCGGAGCCCACUUGGUGUUGACGCGCGUCGGGGAAUUUCCCCCCUUUUUUAACAAUGGAUACCUGCAGGGUACGAUCCUGGGUGUUUCUUGUCCUGUUGUGGCAGGACGGGUCUUUGGCAUCGCAGUUUCCAACACAGCUCAUGAUUAAAGAAUGGGUUGAUCAGAUGCAGAAAGAGCUUGUCACCCUGGCAGACACAGCCACAGCUGGGAAGAGCCUCACAGAGAUUUUUCUGCAAAACCAACACCUGUACACUGUGGAGCAAAACGAUGCAGAAGAGCUGGUUGCCAGAGCGGCAACGAAAAUUGAACAGCUGCUGCGGAAGAGAUCUGCUGCCUUGGAGCAACGAUUCACGAAGCGGCCCUCCCUUCCAACCCGCCACGUUGACGAAAUCUUGAGGCCGUCUAAAACAGCCCCCCCCAAUUCAGAUUUCUGGGAAUUAAGUUUUGGGUUGGGCCGCGCUGAUUCUGGUUAG